AUGGAUGGAAGUAUUCUUCGGGUGGCAGAAGCUCUGAAGUCCAAAGUUUCUAGUGAACUUUACUGUGUUGUCACGUCGUCAAUUGGCUCUUUCCAAGCCAAUCUCGACAAUACUGAUAUGCGACUAACAGUGUCAGUCGACUGGGCCAGGCACCGGACGGUUCUACAGUGUCCGCAAGUCUUUACCACCACAAUACCUAGCGGACAAUACUUCAAUAAUACCUACCCGUACGGCAGCUUCACUUCGUACAGUCUGACCGUACAGGAUCGAUUGAGCCAGAGCAUGUCUCUUCGAAUGUGUCAAAUUGCCCAGUCACUUGCCAUUAAGCCAACUCUCUACGCUGGGACUGCAAUGGAGACAGACCCGUCAAUGAAGUCCGCCGUCAUCAUUCGUGACACUGCUCCACAGGUCGUUCAGCCGAAACUACUUGCUCAUCUCUGGACAUUUACUGACACGUGGGGAGGUAUGAUUGCCAAUGCUUCUAUGGUCGAUACAGCAACUCAUGAUCUUGGUGAUCUGGAGCACAUACUCCGAGUCUUUGGCUACUAA